CCCACAUUUUGUCGCAAUCUCGAAUUUGAACCGCUGACUCUACUUCCAUUCUCCCCGUUUUAUCCUCUCCUAAAUAGAGUCUUAAAGUGAACUCGGCCAUCAUCAUUUUGGCUGCAAUAUAGAUUAACGACAGUUUUCAUGAACGAAGAAAAGUAAGAGGAGUACUGAGAAAGGAUAAUGAAAUAUGCACGGCGUUGGUUGGGUUUACCAUCGUCUUCGCAAGACAGCGGCCAGCGGGCAGGCACAUCUCAAACUUCUGCGAUUAUAGAGAAGAAAAAAGCAGCACAACGCUACAGUGAACAGUGGCCCAAACGUGUGCCUUGCUAUUUUUUCCUCCCGCAUGCUCUUGUGCCUGCUCGAACAUUUCCCAUUUUGCGUAACUCAGCAGACCACUCCACACAUUCAAUAUCCAUAGCCCGGCCCGCAGGUCUUUCGAUUUUCUCGUUAAAAAGAACACCUCGACAACUGGCUUCACAUGAUGAUUUCCGUCACUGUCCUUUCGCUUCUGAUAUCAGCGCCCCUGGGCAGCCUGGUAUGGGCUCGAGCACCAGCGGGGUUAUGGGAUGCCUUCAAUUACGCACCUGCAUCUAGAGUUGUAAGGCCUGUCACCGUACGCGGCGUCAUGGGGUCUGUCUCAGGCGCGGAUAACUUGCUCACAGGGAGUGGUAUGGCUACGCUAGGUAGUCAAGGCUCAUCAGUCACCUUGGAUUUUGGGAUCGAGGUCGGCGGGCUCAUCUCGAUGACACUUCCCAACAGCACCUCAUCCUUUUCCCUUUCGUUCACGGAAUCACCUCAAUUCAUCUCAACCACCAGCUCGGACGAUUCCAGUUUUCCGUCGUUUGAUCAGACCUUCGACGGUAUUCUGAAAGUCUCCUCUCGAGCGGGGUUAUGGACACAACCGUCCGCAACACUUAGAGGUGGAUUCCGAUUCUUGACUAUCAUUUCAAAUGUCAACAACUUGAGGUUAUCGAAUGUCACUUGCGCGAUAUCCUUUAUGCCGCACAUGGAGGAUAUGCGGAGUUAUGCUGGCUACUUUUGGGCAAAGGAUACGAGCGGCUUUCAUGAUGAGGAUUUUCUGACAAAGCUAUGGUACGCUGGUGCAUACACGGUUCAGACGAAUACCGUACCGUUGAAUACAGGAAGGAAGGUACCGUUUGCCGGGCGUGGAACAUGGUUUAACAACGCAACACUCGGUGUGGAUGGGCCUAUUAUUGUCGAUGGUGCCAAACGAGACCGUGCAGUAUGGCCAGGCGACAUGGGAAUUGCAGUGCCAACCCAAUUCGUCUCAACAAAUGACUUGCUUCCGACUCGAAACGCUUUACUCACGAUGUUCAACGGUAUGGACUCUCAAGGAGCUCUACCAGAAUCUGGCCCUCCACUCAGUCAGAAAGGAUCGGAUACUUAUCAUGGGUGGACACUCAUUGGGUGUUACAACUAUCAUCUAUACACGGGCGAUAUCUCCACUAUCAAAAAUCUCUGGACGAAUUACACCAGGGCGGUUGCGUACCUUGAAGGUAAGGUUGACCGUACGAAGGGGUUGAUGAAUGUGACUGGCCUUCGCGAUUGGGCGAGAUUAGGCGGUGGUGGGAUCAAUGCUGAAGGAAAUGCGAUUCUCUACCGCGUUUUAGUUACAGCUUCGGGACUCGCAAAUGCCAUAGGGGAUGCCUCGUUAGCGGCAGCCUAUGCAAAGAACGCUACGAAUCUGAAACAGGCGUUCAAUAAAGAAUUUUGGAUGGAUGAUGUCGGCGUAUACCGAGACAACUCGACUACAACUCUCGCACCCCAAGAUGCCAACUCUCUCGCUGUCCUGUUCAACCUCACCCAAGAAGAGAACUGGAAAGCGAGGGUAAGCCAAGGUCUGACCAAGAAUUGGCGUGAUUUGGGACCUGAGCCACCUGAGUUACCGGAUACGAUUAGUCCUUUUAUCAGUGGUUUCGAGCUUCAAGCGCACUUUGAAGCGAACCAACCGGAGAGAGCAUUAGAUUUGUUGCAUCGAACAUGGGGGUAUAUGCUAUACACCAAUUUAAGUGUGGAGAGUACGCUGUUGGAGGGGUUCACAGUUAACGGUUCGUUGUACUACCGCUCUUACCGAGGUUACAACUACGACGCGGCCUAUACCUCCCAUGCACACGGAUGGUCGUCUGCUCCCACUUCGACUCUAACAACUUACGUUUUGGGUCUCUCCGUUACUCAGCCGAUGGGGAAAACGUGGGUUGUUGGGCCUGUUUUCGUUAAAGGAGUCGGUGAAAGUGGCGGGGUCAAGGGAGGGUUUGAGACUCCCUUGGGAUCUUUUGGUGUUACUCUGCAAUGGACGUUGGAUGAAGAUAGAGAGAACGUUGUGGGUGUUGAAGCGAAUAUAAUGACGCCAGGAGGGACGAGCGGGGAGUUCGUUGUUCCUAGUGUCUUUUCUGGUGCUGGUGUCACGGUUAGCGUGGAUGGGAAGGUGGUCAGCAGCACGAAUGGAAGGCUGGCGUUAACUGGCGAGCAGCACGAUGUUAAGGUUGUGAAGACAGGAUAA